AUGCCUACAGAAGAAGAUGUGGAAGCAGUUUGUGGGAAAUUUCGGGGAAUCCAAGGACACCACAACUCGUGUUACUUGGAUGUCACUCUUUUCUCCAUGUUCACCUAUACAGCAGUAUUUGAUAGUUUAUUGUUCCGUCCUAAAAAUAAGAAUGAUAUAGAUGAUUAUGAAGAGGUUCAACGGGUGUUGAAGGAAGAGAUUGUCAACCCCCUCCGCAAAAACCUUUACGUAAGCGCGGAUCACGUAAUGAAACUCCGCAAACUUUUGGACAAGCUCAGUUCUGUAUCCGGCCUAACGUGCGAAGAAAAAGACCCCGAGGAAUUUCUAAAUUCUUUGCUUGCUCAGAUUCUUAAGGCGGAACCGUUUCUCAAGCUGAACUCCGGACAAGAGGCUUUCCACUAUCAGCUGUUUGUGGAAAAAGAUGCGGGUCUCAGUCUUCCUACAGUGCAACAGUUAUUUGAACAGAGCUUCCUCACCAGCAAUAUCAAACUGAAAGAGGUACCAUCUUGUCUUAUCAUUCAUAUGCCAAGGUUUGGGAAGGACUACAAAAUGUAUCCAAGGAUUUUGCCCUCUCAAUUGUUAGAUGUAACAGAUAUUAUAGAAGGAUGUGAGUAUCAUACCUAUGGUAAUUUUAUUUCAUAUUUUUCAAAACAUACGUGCAAUUUUUGA